GUUGCUCGCAAGUCGUUCCUCUUUAAAGACUACUCCAGUCGGCGUGUCAGUCAGUCCAGGCAGCGGCUGUGGGAGGAGCUCCUCGGGAGGAGGCUGGCGAGGCUGAGAGAGCCAGGGAAUGGAGCGGAGAAGAGCGCGUACAUGAGCGAAGAGGAGGUAGGCGCCGGGAGAGCGAGCGAGGCUGAGCAACUAAACUCCAUCUCAGCCUUAGCAGCAGAAGCAGCAGCCGCCGCCGCCGCCGCCGCUAUUGCUGCCAACCCAGAGAACGCUUCGCCGGUGUGUAGGAAGAGGGCUUCGGCAAGAGAAGAAGGCAGGCGAGAGCAUCGGGAGGCAGAUAAAGCUAGCCCCCGAAACUGCUUAAGCGCGCAAGUUCGUCUCUCUUAUUUCCCCGCCGAACUCUUAAGGAAUGAAAGCUUUUCAGACAGAUCUCGUCCUCCUCUGCUUCUUCCUCUUCAGUCAAG